GGAGGGAGGGGUUCUCACAGGUUCACAGGUAUCUUCAGUAUCUGUUGGGGCUGUGAGAAGGAAAGACCAAGCCGGCAUCUUUCCUCCUUGGUUGGGUCCAAACAUUCUGCAAUGAGAGUUCAGUGAGAGCGAAGACUUCAGGCACCUACUGCCAAAUCAAGACUCUCUGGACGUGCUUAUUCACACCCAUGCCAAGCGAAGGAGAAUAGACGGGCACCCCAUCACAUCCCCAUUUCCAGAGUCUCCAGCAAGUCCCUCCUCUCCCCAGUUUCUCAGCAUCCCACCUCCCCUUCCAGCACACCUCAGUCAGCCCACAGCCAGGAGGAGGAUGAGCAUCAAUGCCUAGUGGACAUCUCACCUCAUUGGCAAGGCUAGAGCCAGGUCUGUAAAAGAGCAGAGCAGCCAGAAGGAGGGAGAGCGAUGCCGUUUGGGGGACUUGCAGGGCUGAAGGAGAAGGUGCUGAAGCCUGGGAAGGAGGAGGUGAAGAACACAGUGGGCGACUCUCUGGGGAACCUACAAAAGAAAAUUGAUGGGACUAACGUGGAUGAAGAGGAUCAGCUAGAGCUGACAGAAGAUGGCCGGCCAGUGGCAGCCCCCCAGCGCAGCCCACCGUUGCUGGACUGUGGCUGCUUCGGCCUGCCCAAGCGUUACAUCAUCGCUAUUCUCAGCGGUCUGGGCUUCUGCAUCUCAUUUGGCAUUCGCUGCAACCUGGGCGUGGCCAUCGUGGAAAUGGUUAACAACAACACAGUGUACAUCAACGGGACUCCUGUCAUGCAGCCUGCUCAGUUUAACUGGGACCCAGAGACUGUAGGUUUGAUACAUGGCUCCUUUUUCUGGGGUUACAUUGUCACUCAAAUUCCAGGAGGCUUCAUCUCCAACAAGCUAGCAGCUAACAGGGUAUUUGGUGCUGCUAUUUUCUUGACGUCCAUGCUGAACAUGUUCAUCCCGUCCGCUGCAAGGGUCCACUAUGGCUGUGUCAUGUUUGUGCGAAUCCUGCAGGGCCUGGUGGAGGGCGUCACAUAUCCAGCCUGCCAUGGAAUGUGGAGCAAAUGGGCUCCUCCACUGGAAAGGAGCCGACUGGCCACCACCUCUUUCUGUGGGUCCUACGCAGGUGCAGUGAUUGCUAUGCCUCUUGCUGGAAUUCUGGUGCAGUAUGUGGGCUGGCCCUCUGUCUUCUAUAUCUAUGGAGUGUUUGGAAUUAUAUGGUAUACCUUCUGGCUCCUGCUUGCUUAUGACAGCCCAGCUGUGCACCCUACUAUCAGCGAUGAGGAGAAAAUAUACAUCGAGACCACAAUUGGAGAAGGCGCCAGCUUAAUGAGCGCUACUGAGAAAUUUAAGACUCCAUGGCGGCAGUUCUUCACCUCCAUGCCAGUCUAUGCCAUUAUUGUGGCCAACUUUUGCCGGAGCUGGACCUUCUACCUCCUGCUCAUCAGCCAGCCUGCCUACUUUGAAGAGGUGUUUGGCUUCCCUAUCAGCAAGGUGGGCAUCCUGUCAGCUGUACCCCACAUGGUGAUGACCAUUGUUGUGCCAAUUGGUGGUCAGCUGGCUGACUUCUUGAGAAGCAAUAAAAUCCUUUCGACCACAACCGUGCGCAAGAUCAUGAACUGUGGAGGUUUUGGAAUGGAGGCCACAUUGCUCCUGGUGGUGGGAUUUUCACACACACGUGGUGUAGCCAUCUCGUUCCUCGUCCUGGCAGUGGGCUUCAGUGGUUUUGCCAUAUCAGGUUUUAACGUCAAUCACCUGGACAUUGCUCCUCGCUAUGCCAGUAUCCUGAUGGGAAUCUCCAAUGGUGUAGGCACUCUGUCUGGUAUGGUGUGUCCUCUGAUCGUGGGAGCUCUGACAAAACACAAAACCCGCCUGGAGUGGCAGAACGUGUUUGUGAUUGCCUCCAUGGUGCAUUACUGCGGGGUCAUCUUUUACGCCAUCUUUGCAUCCGGGGAGAAGCAGGACUGGGCAGAUCCAGAGAGUACCAGUGAUGAGAAGUGUGGCAUCAUCGGAGAGGACGAACUGGCUCUGGAGACAGAGCCCGGCAGUGACAGCGCCCUCGCCACCAGCAAGAUGAAGUCCUACGGAACCACCUCAGAAAACUCAGCCAGCCGCAAGAAGGGCUGGAAAAAGAAAAGGGGGGUGACCAUGCAGGAGGACGAGGAGAAGAAUUCAUACACUUAUGAGAACGGGGACUAUCAGGAGCAUUAUCAAUGACACUUCAUGGGUUCAUCAUGAGCCCAGGACUGCUCUCACCUCACUGGUGUGCCUGUGAGGUGAAGAUUAUUGAGUAACUGGUAAUCCAUCCAAUCCUCCAAUCCAUGGGACAUUACCCACGUGACUGCAAUAUAUCAAACUUUUUUUUUUGCAAAUCAUUAUAUUUUGACUCGUCACUUUUCACCCCCUCUCUGAUCUGGCGUAAAAAUUAAGUAAAAGUGGGCUGUGGGUGUCUGUUGCCGUGUAAUGGACUUUAUUUCGAGAUAUUGGUGGUUUACACUCGUAGGAAACGCCCUGGCUAUUUCUUUGGAAAUUGAAAUUACUUAAAUAAAUAAAAUAUUUAAAAAAGGAAAAGACACCUGAAAUAAUGUCAGAAGUCACAUAUAACAACUUAAUGGACUUUCUCCAUUUGAUAUGCAUUUUUUUGUUUCAUUUCGAUUUUUUCUUGCCUAUUGUUGUGAGCCUAGGGUUUGCAGUCCUGACCCUGGAGUAGCUCUGCCCUGCCUCUGCCCUGUUCUCUACACACCUUUACUAUAAAAAAACUGUGAAAAGCUAAUCAGUAUAACACAUUUCUUCUCUGCUUUUGUUGGAGCAGUCAUUGUCUCUGCUGUCCAGAGAAGACUUUAUGGAACACUGGUUUAUGGUUUGGAACACUGCUCUGAGGAAUUGAUUACUUUGCUAUUAACAUUUUGAAACAAACAUUUAAAGAAGAAAUGUUUAGUCAGUCAGUUUAUCUUUCACUUACAUUAUAAUUUAAAGUUAGGUCAUUUUGGACUUGUUAAAAAAAAACCAAAGAUGUAAUGUUACUUCCUUUUUAAAACUAAACAUGGUUGACAUAAAACUUUAAGUUAAAUGGGCAUCAUGUAAUAGGUUUACAUGACAGGAUGUAAUAUUUGCAUUCUGUUAACUUGCUAUUUGAUGUUCAGUUAACACAAACUUUUAAGUCAUCCACAAAUUCUAUUAAUUACUUUGCAAAUGACUUUUUUUUAAUAAAAUUUAAAUUUAGGGAAAUAGAAUUCUACACUGUAAAACAGGAAAGCAUCCCCCAAAUGUUAAGUGGCUCAACUUAACUCAGCUUUUGUCAAGGCUUUUUUAGUCAAUCAAAUUGAUUAAAAUAAUCUUUCAAAUCUUUCAAAAUGUGCAAUAUUUGUUAUUUUUGUGGUUUGUUUCCUCUUCCAUUAAAGUAGCUAAUUAGCCAGUCAUUUUUGAGAGGAAGUGGGCGUGGUGUUAGUGCUUGAAAAACACUAAACGGUGCAGAGCAGGAUUACUCCAAGACCAGGGUUGGGAAGCACUGAUGUAAGCUAUGCAAUAAAAGGCAAAUACUGAAUGUGUUAGAGAAUUAUAAACAGUUUUAGAGGGUCAUGAUGAACAUGCAUGUUGUUGGGUAACUUUAUCUGACCAACACUUCUGGCAAAGGACAAAAAUCACCUGCCAUCACUUCAUGCUAUGGUUUAGUGUUGUGCUGUGGAAUUUAUGUGACUGGUUGGAUGAGAAAAGAGGAAAGAGGAAGGAGGAACACUGUAUCCAUAUAAAUCCAUACAGCAUUCACAUUCAGCAUUAAAAUUCAGUUCACAAAUUACAUUUGUGGAAAUCUGGAAAGACUCUGGAAAAAAAGAAAAUCAUCAGCAAUGUAGUCUAAAAAAUGUAGGUUCUUUUAAAUCUGUUUCGGUGUUCAAAACCAGCAAUGUGCCUCCUUAUUUAUUUUUUUGAAGCACGGCUUCAAUCUGUUAUCAAAGAAAUUUAAUUGCUUAAAUGGAUAUAAAGGUAUUUAUUUCUGUAACUGCAGCUUUUACUGUGUGUAUGAAUGUUUCAUUUGAGGAGAAUAAAGUAGAUGUUUUCAAAUGCCA